AUGGCGGGCGAAGAUGCGAGCCGCAAGCGGCCGGCGGCCGACGGCUCCGACUCGGACGAGCGCGACAACUCGGAGCCGUCCCAGACGGAGAUGGAGGAGCAGCUCUGCGCGCACGCGGCCGAGGCGCUCAAUCACUUCAUCCGCAGCCACCACAUCGCCGCCAGCACGGAGGUGGCGCGCAACCGACUCAAGAACUCGCUGUACCUGAUCGAGCAGCGGCGGCGACGCAAAGAAUACCCGGCACGGGCCAGCGAGUAUGAUGUACUAAUAUUUAUCUUGUUUAUUGCAGCGUCGGAGCUGCCGGUGUCUCCGGACCGCCGCGUGAAGCACACGAUCAGGAUCCAGCUGAGCAAUCCCAGCGAGAUGCUGGUCAAGCGCGCCGUGAUUCUGCCGAAGGUGCCGCCGAUCCCAACCGCCACCAUGUGGACGGCGCUCGCCAAGAACUACGAGGUGGAGGACGAGCCGCAGCUCAAGUUCCUGCCCUACUUUGGCGACGACGACGAAGAGGACGUCGUGUCCGAGUUCUACCAGAUCAAACAGCAACGGACGAGUGCGUGUGAAGUCGAGUUUACCAAGGAAAUGUGUGAGGCCGUGCUGAAGACACUUCAGUCCACGUGGGACCUCACGCCGAGUGAUCUCAAGCGCGUGGCCAACGUUAUUCAACGAAGAAGAAACGGCGCACAGAAGCGAUGGCCGCUGCAAACGGGCACAGAAAUUUGA